AUGAAGAGGACCUUCUCAGAUGCCAUCCUUAUUCUAGCUAUCUCCAUGUGGAUGGCCUUUGCAAUUGGCUUCCCCCUUCCUAUGGCCUCUGAAAGAGCUCAGCCAGACAAAACAACAGUUGAGUGCCUCAAGAAUAUAAAUAACUGCUGGUUUUUAUCCUACAUGAAGCCCAGUGGACCUAUUUGUGGCAGUGACCAGGUUACCUACAGUGGUGAGUGCCAUCUCUGCUCCAAAAUUCUAUUUGAAGGGCUUAAUAUAACUAAACUGUAUGAUGGAGCAUGUGAAAACUCUUGAACAUACCACAAAGAAUUAUAAAAUCUGCUGAAUCUCCAGAUGGCCAAGUGAAACACAAUGGUUGCCUCUUCAAGUAUAUCCCCUUUAAUUACUAAUGGUUGGAUCAAACUCAUUGAUUUAUUAUCUUCAAUAAAUGAUUCUCAGCAGAAAA